AUGUAACAUCUUUAUCGCUGGGAUAACCAGAGCAGUCAAGAUGCCCGAACCAGCGAAGUCUGCACCGAAGAAAGGCUCCAAGAAGGCAGUGACUAAGACUGCCGGGAAAGGAGGCAAGAAGAAGAGAAAGACCAGGAAGGAGAGUUACGCCAUCUAUGUGUACAAGGUGCUGAAGCAGGUCCACCCUGACACCGGUAUCUCGUCCAAGGCCAUGAGCAUCAUGAACUCCUUUGUGAACGACAUCUUCGAGCGCAUUGCUGCUGAGGCUUCUCGUCUGGCUCACUACAACAAGCGCUCCACCAUCACUUCCAGGGAGAUUCAGACCGCAGUGCGUCUGCUGCUGCCCGGUGAGCUGGCUAAGCACGCCGUGUCUGAGGGCACCAAGGCUGUGACCAAGUACACCAGCUCCAAGUAAACAACCAUCCGUCUUGUGACCAACUAACGGCUCUUUUAAGAGCCACCA